UAUCCUUUCAUUUCUUUAAAUUCAUCACCAUUCCAGUCUUGUUUCCACUCCGCCACAUUCAAUUCCUCCCCCCGUCGAUCACACGCUCACACCCAUAAUCCAAUUUCCCAUAAUAAAUUCCCAUAUUUCUCAAUCAUUGCUUCCAUUUCUACCCACAAAACUACCGAAUUUCUCUUAAAUGCUCUCUUAGAUCUGCUCCCAACAAAUCUCCUCCAGGGUUUCUUUAAUUCCUCUUUGAUGUUAUGCCACUGCUGCGUUUCGCAGACACAUAAAUUAACUCGGUUUUACUUUGAUUUUUGUUCUUGGUGGGUUGGGGUAUGACGACGGGUAACAGUUUCGGGUCCGGGUCGUUGAGUUGUAAGCCUGAGACGGGUGUCUCAGAUCAGUUCCCGGCGGGGUUGAGAGUUCUUGUCGUCGAUGAUGAUGUUACUUGCUUGAAGAUUUUGGAGCAAAUGCUUCGGAGAUGCUUGUAUCAUGUUACAACUUGCUCCCAGGCAACUGCUGCUUUGAAUUUGCUAAGGGAGAGGAAAGGAUGCUUCGAUGUGGUACUAAGUGAUGUACAUAUGCCUGAUAUGGAUGGCUUUAAACUCCUCGAACUCGUUGGCUUGGAAAUGGACCUUCCUGUCAUAAUGAUGUCAGCGGAUGGAAGAACAAACCUUGUCCUAAGAGGGAUUAGACAUGGGGCUUGUGAUUACUUGAUCAAGCCUAUACGUGAAGAACAGUUGAAGAAUAUAUGGCAGCAUGUUAUAAGGAAAAAAUGGAACGAAAAUAAAGAACAUGAACAUUCGGGGAGCGUGGAUGACAAAGACCGCCACAAACGGGGUGAUGAUACUGACUAUGCUUCUUCUGUUAAUGAUGGAGCAGAUGGGAUGUUGACGUCUCAUAAAAAACGGAGAAAUAUUAAAGAAGAAGAUGAUUGUGAACUUGAAACCGAUGACCCAGGUGCAUCAAAAAAGCCACGUGUUGUUUGGUCCGUGGAGCUGCAUCAGCAAUUUGUUAGUGCUGUGAACCAACUCGGAAUUGAUAAAGCGGUGCCAAAAAGAAUUCUUGAAUUAAUGAAUGUUCCAGGUUUGACCAGAGAAAAUGUUGCAAGUCAUUUGCAGAAAUUCAGAUUAUACUUGAAGAGAUUAAGUGGUGUGGCUCAACAACAAGGAGGAGGUCCUAAUUCAUUUUGUGGGUCUAUAGAACAAACUCCAAAACUAGGUCCCUAUGGAAGAUUCGAGAUUCAAGCAUUGGCGGCCUCCGGCCAAAUCCCUCCUCAAACACUGGCGGCACUUCAUGCAGAGCUUUUAGGUCGGCCGAUUGCUAAUGUCGGUUUGCCGGUACUUGACCAUCAACCUCUAUUGCAAGCAUCUAAAUGCAUGCCUGUGGAUCAUGUUAUGUCUUAUGGUCAUCCUCUCCCAUCAAAUAUAACGAAACAAAUUUCGCAACCCGUUAUAGAGGAUGUCCAUUCAGGAUUAGGCGCAUGGCAUCCUAACAACAUGGUUGGUAGUUAUGGUGGAUUGGGAGGUCAGAAUGGUCAUAACGUGUUAAUAGGUAUGUUGCAAAAUCAGCAGCUACAGAAACAAUCAAUUACCGUUCAGCCCUCCCGGCUUGUGGUCCCGACUCAAUCCUCCGGUUUUCAAGUAGGAAAUAGUGGUGGUUCGGCUAAUCAGGCAGCUAGCUUUAAUACAAGCUCUGUAAUUGACUAUAGCCUUGUUUUACCUCAAUCUGAUCGUUUGUCAAAUGGUAUUGGUCAAAGAUCUGAAAGAGAUACGACAACGACAGGCUGUCCAUCAGAUUCCGAGAAUAGAACAGGCUGUCAGGUUCAAAGUUCCGUCACCAAUCUUUCCAGUAAAAGCUCGGGUGAGAAACAAAUUUCAUUUCGUGGAUCUGGCCAAGUGCUAGAUCAGGGACCUCUGAGGAAUCUAGGAUUUGUCGGAAAAGGGACUUCAAUUCCAAGCCGUUUUGCUGUGUAUGAAGCUGAACCCCCGAUAAGAAACGUGAAUCACGAGGAUAGCAGUGGAAGGAGAGUAAAACAGGAGCCAAGCAUCGAAUUUUUGGAGACUUCUAAAGCAGGAGGAAUCCCGAUCACGCAUCGGAUUUCUCAAAACGAUCUCAUGAGUGUCUUCUCCGACUAGGUUAAAUUAGAUGAUGAUCGCAAUCGCGAGAUUGCGGGUCAGAAGAUCGUGCAGAUUCAUCUACGACGGAUCGACGAUGAAAUGCGUUUAAGGCGAUGAAGAAUGGUAGUUAGAGGGUAGUAUUAUUAUUGAACAAGUGUAGCUCAUCAUCGUCAACAGUUUGCAAAGAUUUAGUAGCGAUUGUAAUUAUAAUCUCUCUUAUUAGGAUCCGUCUGAACCCUUCCUUGCUUUCAAUGCAGUCAUGCCAUCUUCUAACCUUUCA